AGGCCCAACUUGGAGAUUGGCUAUGGAAUUGCAUAACCUACAAGCCAUCAUCUUCCACCCCUUUUCCCUAUUCUUCUCAUUUCUCCCCUUCUCUCUCUACAAAUGGCUCCUCUUCUCCCUUUUCUUUUCCCUUCUCUUCUUUCUCUGCAAAUGGCUCUUCUUCUCCAUUGGAGCGCCUAAAAAAAACCUCCCACCCUCACCUCCAAAGCUCCCAAUCAUAGGAAACCUCCAUCAACUCGGUCUGAACACACAUCGUACUUUCCAUGCCAUGGCCCAACGUUAUGGCCCGCUCAUGCUACUUCACCUUGGUAGGUCACCGACCCUUGUGGUCUCAUCUGCGAAUACAGCUCGUGAGAUUAUGAAAGUCCAUGACACUGUCUUCGCCGAUCGAGCCAAAUUGAGCAUUAUGCAAAGAAUUUUAUAUAAUCAAAAGAAUGUUUCCAUCUCGCCAUAUGGGCCAUAUUGGCGACAAAUGAAGAGUAUAUGCAUAACACAACUUCUGAGCUCAGUUAGAGUCCGAUCAUUUAGAGACAUCAGGGAAGAAGAGACGACUCUACUCAUGAAAAAAAUUGAAGAAUAUUCUUAUGCUACGUUUGACAAGACAAAGUUAAAAUCUUCGUACUCCCAAACACAACACAAUCAUAUAUUAGGUUCGAUGAAUUUAAGUGAACUUUUUACUUCACUUAGUAAUGGAGUUAUUUGUAGGGUUGCUUUUGGGAGAAAGUAUGAAGAACAAGGUGGGAGAAGGUCUAGGGACCAAGUAGAAGAGAUGGGCGCUCUUUUCACUACUUUUAAUAUGAGUGAUUUCAUUCCAUGGCUUGGCUGGGUGAAUUAUGUUAAUGGUUUGAAUCGAAGAGUUGAGAAGUUGUUCAGAGAGGUUGAUGUUUUCCUUGAUCAGAUAAUUGAUGAUCAUAUGGUUCGGGGAAGUAAAGAGAAAGUAGACUUUGUGGAUAUUUUGCUUGAGAUUCAAAAGAAUAGCCCAGAUUGUGAAGAUUUCAUGAGACGGGAAAACAUCAAAGCUAUAAUCCUUGAUAUGUUUACUGCUGGAACAGAUACCUCUUCUGCGGUUCUGGAAUGGGCUAUGACAGAGCUACUGCGACACCCACAAGCCAUGGAAAAAGUACAAGAAGAAGUUAGAAGGAUUGAUCAAGGUAAAUCACUAGUAACCGAGGAUGAUAUACAAGAAAUGCACUACCUGAAAGCAGUAAUCAAAGAGACCAUGAGACUACAUCCUCCACUUCCAUUGCUUGUUCCACGAGAAUCCAUUGAAGAUGUCAAAGUACAAGAGUAUGACAUUUUGGCGAAGACGAGAGUAUUUAUCAAUGCUUGGGCAAUUGGGAGGGAUCCCGAAUCUUGGGAAGAAGCUGAGGAGUUUAGGCCAGAGAGAUUCUUGAACAAUCUUAUCGACUUUAAGGGACAUGAUUUUCAGCUUAUUCCAUUUGGAGCUGGAAGACGGGGGUGCCCUGGAAUUACGUUUGCCAUUACCAUUAUUGAGCUUGUGUUAGCUAAUAUUUUGCGCAAGUUUGAUUGGAUGGUACCUGAAAAAUUAGGGAAGGAAGGUUUAGACAUAACUGAAUCUUCUGGAAUGAGCACUCAUCGACAAUUUCCCCUCAUUGUUUCUGUAAGGCGUCAAUGGUAGUAGGUUGUGAAUCUUUUGUUUCCUCUUCAUAUUUCUAGCACUGUUGUUUGAGAGGAAGAUAUUUUAUGUUGGAAGUUUCAUAUAAUUCAAACCUUGAAAAUAGAUGUUGGGGAUGGGCUAUCCCACUGUGUAAAAAAAUAAGUAUGAAAUGAAAUAAUCUAAUUAAUUCUGUA